UAGGGAUCUGGUGUUUGCUCGCACGACAAUGUUCGACAAAUUCAUCAUCUGGAUAAAGAGUAGACGAAAGGGUGGGGGUGAGGACGGGAGGAAAGACAGUGGUGGAGAACAUAAUGCAAUGCAGGUUAUCGCAUCAGAUGUUGCCUAUUUAGGAUGAAAGCGCCCGCCGCUCCCUAAUGAUAAGCUACGCCGGUACCUGACGGAAAUUGCCGAACACUGUUCGUAAUUUAUACAUGAGGAGUAAAUAUGUCCAUUGAUUGUGCAACACCAUGAACUAUUUAACUAACAAACUGAUCAAGGAAUUGAAUAAUAAUCUGAACAAGGAUGGAGCACUUCUGUGGAAGAGAAUCGUUUUGGAACUCGAGUUUGACGUGGGGUGAUUACAGAAGUUACCCGGGGUUCACAGAAUGUUUUCAAAAUACAGUGUUGCUAUGGGUACCCAGCGGAUGGUUAUGGCUGACCAUACCGUUCUAUAUACCUUACCUGCGGUCACAGUCAAAUACUAUCCUGCCAAAAUCAUGGAAGAAUCUCUCAAAAAUGUUUAUAGCCCUUUUACAGCUAGUUAUUUUAGUGUUGAAACUAUCAUAUAGAGCAGUGGAUUUAAAGCAGAGGAACGAGACGUUGUUUCAGGCCUUCUUUGUCGGUCCGCUUGUCGAAGCAUUGACAUUAGUUCUGGUAGCUUUUUAUAUAGAGCUGGACAGACGGAAAGGACAGAUAACGUCGGAUGUACUUUUUACAUAUUGGGUAUUAGUGAACAUCACAUCCAUCAUUCCAUUCUACAUUAAAAUCAUUGAACAGGUAUAUAUUUUCAAACCAUUGGACUUCGCUCUGUUCAUUGUAUACUUUUUCUUGUGCUUGGUCCAGCUGGUUUUGAGUUGUUUUGCCGAAACAUUGCCUGCACCGGAGGGGAAGGUUAGUGCAUGCAGACAUAUUCUUUACGUAGUAAUUUUCAAAACAACAAUAAAUUACAAACAAUCAGAUUUGCAUAAUUUCUGCCAGUUGAACCUGUUUUGGAACUUCGUGCGAAGAAUCAGAAAGAAAUAUGGACGCCGUAAGGCAUCGCCUAUCUACAAAAGUUCUGAGGAAUAUUUUGAGUAUAGCUGUGACCCCUGCAAUACUGUCGGUGAUCAUGUUGAGGCUCAGGGAUACUGCACUAACUGUGAAGAAUAUCUUUGUGGCACGUGCUUUAGAAGUCAUUCUAGGAGCAAGGCAUCAAGACAUCACACUCUGUUGGACAAGGACGCUAUGCCAAGAAUAACUGCUAAAAACUGCGAUCCGUGUAAAACAGCCGGGGACGAAAUAGAGGCCGCUGGAUACUGUAAGGAUUGUGAUGAAUAUUUAUGUGAUAGCUGUUACAAGAGUCAUUCGAGGAGUAAAACAACACGGCACCAUGCUUUGGAGGACAAAGACAGGAUGCCCCGAAAAAUCCGACCGAGCUGUAACAUCUUCCUUUGCAAAUGA